ACCAUCAUGCCUAGGGAAACAGAUCCUCUUGUCGUUGGACGUGUCGUUGGAGAUGUUUUGGACCCUUUUACGAGGUCAGUGCCCAUGACAGUCAUUUACGGUAAUAACAGAGAGGUCAUUAACGGCUGCGAACUCAGACCCUCCCACGUGGUUAACCCACCAAGGGUUGAAGUUGGCGAGGGUGACCUCAGGACCUUUACACUCUGGUACAUUAUGGUGGACCCUGAUGCUCCUAGCCCAAGUGACCCAAGUUUGAGAGAGUACUUGCACUGGUUAGUAACUGAUAUUCCAGCGUCCUUGGGACCAAGCUACGGGCAUGAGGUCGUGAGCUACGAGAAUCCAAGGCCAUCGAUGGGGAUUCAUCGUUAUGUCUUUGUGUUAUUUCGUCAAUCAGUGGGACGACAAAUCAUAGAUGCUCCUGGAUGGCGUCCAAAUUUCAGCACUCGUGACUUCGCUGAGCUCUACAACCUUGGACCUCCUGUCGCUGCUCUUUUCUUUAACUGCCAACGUGAACCUGGUUCUGGUGGAAGAAGACGAUAG